AUGGAGACCUCCAGAGAAAACAGGCCAUGGCUGGUGCAGAAGUACGGUGGUACUAGCCUUGGAAAACUUCUCGAGUCGAUCUGCAGCAAAAUCGUCCCAUCCUAUCUGCGAGACUACAACCUGGUUAUCGUCUGCUCGGCCCUCUCCGGUUCCACCAAGUCGAGCGGAACCACAAGCCUCUUGCUUGAAUGCGUAUCACACGCUGAGGCCGGACUCUCUGCGCAGACGCUGCUCAACAAGAACAUUGAUGCCAUUCGGGAUAGUCAUGUCCGGCUUCUCGAGAAGCAUCUCGUUAACUCCAAUGGCACAAGAAGCGACUUGUGUAACGACAUCUUCGACACCACAAAGACACUCAUUGUCAAGGAAUGCGAGAGCCUUCGCGGCUUCCUACUGGCUGCACAAAUCAUUGGCGAGCUAUCUCCAAGGGCACGGGACCGUGUCAUCGCUCUCGGAGAGAAGCUUGCGUGCAGAGUUGUAGCUGCAUUUCUCUGUAGCAGAAACAUCCCGGCCGAACCUAUUAUCCUGGAAGACAUAGUCGAAGCGGUGUUCGGUGCUAGUGUAUUCGACCAGAAGACGGCACUGGACAACCUCGGUCCCCGGUUCUAUCACCUCAUUGCAGACGAGAUCACCAAGAGGAUACAUAACUGCGGCGACCAUGUUCCCAUCGUCACCGGCUUCUUUGGCAUCAUGCCAGACUCACUGCUCAAGAACGUCGGUCGGGGAUACUCGGACCUUUGUGCGGCCAUGUGUGCGGUGGGUACCAAGGCCGCGGAACUUCAGAUCUGGAAAGAGGUUGACGGGAUAUUCACGGCGGACCCGAGAAAGGUCCCGUCGGCAAGGCUGUUAUCCACAGUCACGCCGGAGGAAGCUACAGAGUUGACGUACUACGGCAGCGAAGUUAUACAUCCCUUGACGAUGGAUCAGAUACGUUGCGCCAACAUUCCCCUGAGACUGAAGAACGUCUUCAACCCGACGGCAUCCGGGACGAUUAUUUAUCCUUCUCGAACUCCCUCCCCGCCCCUUACUCCCCCAACACCAACAGACGAAAAGGUCGACGUCAAGGUCCCUCUACCCUCUAUUGACUACAUGUUGGGCAAUGGUUACCACGGCGAUCGACAGGAAAGAAGGCGGCCUACAGCGGUCACAGUCAAAGACGACAUUCUCUUGGUCAAUGUGGUUUGCAACAGGAACACAAAGUCCCAGGGGUUCUUAUCCGGCGUCUUUGAUCGCCUCGAGGAUGCGGGCAUCAAGACGGACCUCGUCACUACCAGCGAGCGCAGCGUGAGUCUCGCGUUCCAGCACUCAGAAGAAGGCUCUUGUCAACAUCAGAGGUUGAGAGUUGAGCUGGAGAAGUUUGGAAAGGUGAUCAUUACAGAGAACAUGUCCAUCGUCACUAUUAUAGGACAUAAGAUGAGAAAUAUGGUCGGCAUUUCAGCAGAGAUCAUGUCUGCUCUAGCAUCAGCCAAGAUCAACAUCUUUAUGGUGAGCCAAGGAGCAAGCGAGAUCAACAUAUCGCUCGUCGUCCGCGCAGAAGACGCAGUCCUCGCCAUGAACGUGAUCCACAGCAAAGUCCUCCACAUCCCGACGCACUGGGAACAAGAGACAAACUUCAUCAAAGGUCCAUGGCUCUACUGA